AUGCUGCGCCAAGGGCAGCUGCGCAUAGGUACAGGAAGCGCCAAGCGCGCUCUGGAUUCUCAUGAAGCGACAUGUGGUACACGGCCUUCUAGGCCAGGGGCGGGACAUAGCGCCAGGCGGGGUCAUAGCACCAGGGGCGGGGUCAUAGCGGUCCAGACUGCUGUCUUUCUAGGCGCAGGCGGCGCACCGCCGCGCGGGGAGUCUAGCAGAGCGGGGGCAGGCAGGGUGGAUCUGUUGGAGCAGGGAAACAUAGUUCUCAACAGCCAGUUAGAGGCCACCAGUGCAUCCCUCCGUGUCAGUCAACUCCAGCUGACAGAGGUUACACAUCAUCUGGCCACAAUGGUGGUUGUCUACGAAGGCUUGUGUCGCACAUAUGUGUCCAAUGACCCUAUGUUUCCUGCGCCAGUCGCAUCUCAGUCCAACAUCACCUUGCCACCAGGUGUUGGUUGGCAGCAGGUCGCUGAUGAGAUCAUCCAUAGCGGAGUCUUCACCAGCCUCUCUCACCAAUCACACAACCAGCAAGUUGCAGGAACAUCAACUCACCCAAGCGACUCGGCAUUGGCAAUGAUGGGAGUGGCAGGAAGGAUGGUGUCAGUAGAACGGCAAAGACAGGCCGACAUCUUGGCCGGGCAGGAUUACUACAGUAUUUUGGGAGACACUCAAGGAUCGGUGCCGAUGCUCACCCAACCCGUCCCACCCUCUCCUACAGCCAAUAUAUCACUUCCCGCAGCUAGUACGGACCAAACAGUCACCACAACCUCGUCUCGGGCAUCAGCACCUCCCAGUAUGGCUAUAACAAUGAGUCCAUCAUCACUAGGGCGGUCUUCAUCUUUUCCAGGUGCACCGGCCAGCACCAAUGUACCCGGCCUGUCUGAUUCUCAUCAUCAACCUUGCACCCAGCAAUAA